AUGCGGAAGUUUGGUUUUGGAGAGUGCUGGAUAGAUAUGAUUUGGCGAUUGAUAUCCUCGUGCCAUUUCUCUGUUCUUGUUAACAGGAAACCCUGUGAUUUUUUCAAAUCCUCUCGGGGGCUGCGCCAAGGGAACCCAUUAUCCCCGGCCCUAUUCAUCAUUGCGGCUGAGGUCCUUUCGAGGAGUUUGAAUACUUUGGUGGAGGACCGGCAAUUUUCUCCAUACUUGGUUGCCCAAGGAUGUCCGCUGUUGACACACCUUGCCUAUGCUGAUGACAUCAUUAUCUUUUGUAAUGGUAGUAAACGUUCGUUAGCAUGUGUUAUGGAGGUAUCGCUUGUACGGCGUAGGGUGAUUGUGCGGACAACGGGGUUUUCUAUUAAAGAGCUGCCAGUCACUUACUUGGGUUGCCCCUUGUAUGCUUGGAGAAGGGUGAGAUCCUUGUUCAAUGGUUUAUUGGAUAAAGUUUCACAGCGUUUGAGCUCUUGGCGAGGUCAGUGGCUGUCAAUGAGUGCUCGUGCUCUACUCAUUAAGCAUGUGCUGUCCUCAAUCCCGAUUCAUAUUCUGGCAGUAUUAGUGCCUCCAAAGGGGGUAAUAGCUGAGUUGGAGCGAAUGUUUGCACGAUUUUUUUAG